CUCCCAUGCAAGAUGGCGGAGAGCUUGCCGGAGCAUGAGCGGAUCCUGCAGGAGAUUGAGAGUACGGAGACGGCCUGUGUGGGACCCACCUUGAGGUCUGUGUAUGAUGACCAGCCAAAUGCACACCAAAAGUUUAUGGAAAAAUUGGAUGCAUGUAUACGUAAUCAUGACAAAGAGAUUGAAAAAAUGUGCAAUUUUCACCAUCAAGGAUUUGUGGAUGCCAUUACAGAACUUCUUAAAGUAAGGGCUGAUGCAGGAAAACUAAAGGUCCAAGUUACUGAUACAAACAGAAGACUUCAAGAAGCUGGGAAAGAGGUGCUAGCUCAGACAGAGGAAGUCAUCCAGAGUAGACUUCAGCAGAGGAAUAUUAUGACCGUGGUCGAAAAACUUCAGUUGUGCCUUCCAGUAUUGGAGAUGUACAGCAAAUUAAAAGAGCAGAUGAAUGUCAGAAGAUAUUAUUCUGCUCUAAAAACAAUGGAACAGCUAGAAAACAUAUACUUCCCUAGAGUUAGUCAGUAUCGGUUUUGCCAAAUCAUGAUGGGGAACCUUCCAAAGCUUCGUGAGGAAAUUAAAGGGAUUUCCAUGUCAGAUCUGAAGGACUUCUUGGAGAGCAUCCGGAAGCAUUCAGAUAAAAUUGGUGAAAUGGCAAUGAAACAGGCACAGCAGCAAAAAACUUUUAAUACUGCUCUUCAGAAGCAGAGCAGUUUGUGCUGUGGAAAGAAUGUAUACAUAAAUAGCAAUGGAAUUGCAGAAGCAAGGAGUGAAAUAGUUUCAAAGCAAAACGUAGAAGAUGAAGAAGAACACGAAGAGGAGGUUUUGACUGCUCACGAUCUGGUAGAUUUUUCUCCUGUAUAUAGAUGCCUACAUAUUUAUUCAGUUCUGGGUGAUGCAGAAACAUUUGAAAACUACUAUAGAAAACAGAGGAGGAAACAAGCAAGACUAGUUUUACAGCCACAGUCAAACAUGCAUGAAACAGUAGAAGAUUACAGAAGAUACUUCAGUCAAAUUGUAGGUUUUUUUGUCGUGGAGGAUCACAUUUUACACGCAACCCAAGGAUUAAUAACAAGAGCUUACACAGAUGAACUUUGGAACAUGGCACUUUCAAAGAUUAUCGCUGUCCUUAGAACUCAUUCAUCCUAUUGCACUGAUCCUGAUCUUGUCCUGGAGCUGAAGAAUCUGAUAGUUGUCUUUGCGGAUACUUUGCAGGGUUAUGGUUUCCCCGUCAACAGACUAUUUGAUCUUUUAUUUGAAAUAAGAGACCAGUACAAUGAGACACUUCUUAAAAAGUGGGCUAUAUUGUUCAGGGAUAUUUUUGAAGCAGAUAAUUAUAGUCCAAUUCCUGUAUCAAAUGAGGAAGAGUACAAACUUGUGAUUAGUAAAUUUCCUUUUCAAGAUCCAGAACUUGACAAGCACCGUUUUCCAAAGAAACUUCCAAUGUCACAGUCAGUGCCUCAGAUUUAUAUCCAGGUUAAAGAAUUUAUUUAUGCAAGCCUUAAAUUUUCAGAGUCACUUCAUCGGAGUUCAACAGAGAUAGAUGACAUGCUUAGAAAAUCUACAAAUUUAUUGCUGACUAGAACUUUAAGCAGUUGUUUACAAAACCUCAUUAAAAAACCUCACAUAGGUUUGACAGAGCUGGUGCAAAUUAUCAUAAAUACAACACAUUUGGAACAAGCAUGUAAAUACCUUGAAGACUUUAUAACUAACAUUACAAAUAUUUCCCAAGAAACUCUCCACACAGCAAGACUGUAUGGUCUUUCAACAUUUAAGGAUGCAAGACAUGCUGCUGAAGGGGAGAUUUAUACGAAACUUAAUCAGAAGAUUGAUGAAUUUAUCCAGCUUGCUGACUAUGAUUGGACAAUGAUUGAGCCUGAUGGGAGAGCUAGUGGCUAUUUAAUGGAUCUAAUUAAUUUCUUAAGAAGUACCUUUCAAGUUUUUACUCAUUUGCCUGGAAAAGUAGCUCAGACCGCUUGUAUGUCUGCUUGCCAGCAUCUCUCAACCUCCCUGAUGCAGAUGCUGUUGGAUAGCGACUUGAAACAGAUCAGCAUGGGAGCUAUUCAGCAAUUUAAUUUAGAUGUCAUACAGUGUGAAUUGUUUGCAAGUUCUGAGCCUGUACCUGGAUUCCAUGGAGAAACCUUGCAAUUAGCAUUCAUUGAUCUCAGACAACUCCUGGAUCUCUUCAUGGUGUGGGACUGGUCGACUUACCUGGCCGAUUACGGGCAGCCCGGCUCCAAGUACCUGCGCGUCAACCCCAGCACAGCUUUGGCCCUCUUGGAGAAGAUGAAAGAUGUGAACAAAAAGAACCACCUUUUUGCCCAGUUCCGGAAGAACGACCGCGACAAGCAGAAGCUGAUCGAGACGGUGGUGCGGCAGCUCCGGGGAUUGGCCAACUGCAUCGCCCAGCACCCGUGA